CUAGAAUUUGAUUAUUAUUCCAAAAAUAUCAGCCUACAUUUACAUUGUUAAAUCUCAGAGUAUCCGCGGGGAGAUUAUAGUAAUCCACACACAAAAAUUUAAAUCAUUCCGUAUUUAAUUACUUAAAUACGUAUCUCAUUAUUGUAUGUAUCUAUGAGUCUAUGAUCUAUAUAUAUAGCUAGCUAGUUCUGUAUCACAGCGGCAAAACCAAGACCCAACUUUCCUAUCUGUAUUUGUGUCCGAAUUUCAAUAUAUUAUGCACACACAAAAAAGAAAUUUUAUUUCUAUGGAAGGGAACUCAGAGAUUGGUUCAGUACCGAAGGAUACUAGCCGUGAAGAUGAUGCAGGUGCUGCUUUUGUGCUUGAAUCAAAAGGGGAAUGGUGGCAUGCUGGAUUUCACUUGACAACGGCGAUAGUGGGGCCUACGAUACUGUCAUUGCCGUUUGCUUUCAGGGGAAUGGGAUGGGGACUUGGGUUCUUCUCUUUGACGUUAAUGGGAGCUGUUACUUUCUAUUCUUACUAUCUCAUGUCGCUUGUGCUUGAGCGUUGUGAAAAAUCCGGCCGGCGACAUAUUCGGUUCCGGGAACUAGCUGCUGAUGUACUAGGGUCUGGCUGGAUGUUUUAUUUUGUAAUAUCCAUUCAAACAACAAUCAACACUGGCAUAUCGAUUGGUGCUAUCUUGCUUGCAGGAGACUGCCUUCAGAUAAUGUACCAACAAUUAGAUCCCGAUGGGUCUUGGAAACUAUAUCAGUUUAUAGCAAUUGUGACAGGAGUCAUGAUAGUUCUCUCUCAGAUGCCCACCUUUCACUCUCUCAGGCACAUCAAUCUUGUUUCGCUAUUUCUCAGCUUGGGCUACACCCUCCUUGUCACUGCUGCUUGUAUCUAUGCAGCUACCUCAAAAAAUGCUCCCUCGAGGGAUUAUUCUUUGGAAGAUUCAGGGGCUUCAAGAGUUUUCAGUGCCUUUACAUCAAUCUCUAUCAUUGCUGCCAUUUAUGGAAAUGGAAUACUUCCUGAAAUACAAGCAACUUUAGCUCCACCGGUCACUGGGAAGAUGGUGAAAGGCCUGACAAUGUGUUACUCAGUAAUAUUCAUUACUUUUUACUCGGCUGCAAUUUCCGGGUACUGGGUAUUUGGGAACAAAGCUAGUUCAAACAUUCUCAAUAGCCUACUGCCAGAUGAAGGACCCGCACUGGCUCCAACAUGGGUUUUAGGCCUUGCUGUUAUCUUUGUUCUUCUUCAGCUCUUCGCCAUUGGUCUGGUUUACUCACAAGUAGCAUAUGAGAUUAUGGAAAAGAAAUCCGCUGAUGUGAAGCAAGGACUGUUCUCCAAAAGGAACCUAAUUCCAAGGCUAAUUCUUCGAUCACUCUACAUGGUAAUCUGUGGCUUUUUUGCAGCAAUGUUACCAUUCUUUGGAGACAUCAGUGCUGUCGUCGGAGCUAUUGGUUUCAUCCCGCUAGAUUUUAUCCUGCCAAUGCUUCUCUACAAUAUGACUUUCAAGCCCCCUAGAUCAUCCUACACUUUCUGGCUCAACAACACUAUAAUGAUAGUCUUUACAUGCGUAGGACUCCUGGGAACUUUUUCUUCAGUAAGGAAGUUAAUCCAUGAUGCCAACAAGUUUAAGCUCUUCUCUAGUGAUGUAGUCGACUAAUCUCACAUUUACACCAUAUAUAGAAACCUCUACCUAGCUCAUAGCAACCUACAAACUGUCCAAUACAUCGAAAUUCUUGUAAAGAUUGCUAAUAUUUUAUGCACCUCAAGCUUUUUCAUUAUAUACUGAAUUAAUUCAGAUUUUUUCUGGUA